UUGACGACUGCAUCCCGGCAAGUUUGUAAACAAAAGUUACAAACUCAAAAAUAUUUACCCAAACAUCACAAGAAGUUUAUAAUGCAGAUGUGAAAGCAAACACUGAAAAUGCCUGAAAUAAAGCUCCAACAUAUUGUUUCAUUUAGUAGUGAGGAAAAGAACCAUCCAGCAGAUAAUCUACUGAAGCCUGAAGGGACAUAUAAAUGGAAAUGUGCAGCACCUGGUGAAAAGAGCGUAUCUGUAGUUAUUCAGUUUGAGAAAGCAUCACAAAUACAGAGUAUAGAUAUAGGAAAUGAAGGGUCAGCAUUUGUAGAGAUUCUGGUGGGCAGGUCGUCUGCUGCUAAUGAUCAUGACUAUCAGGUAUUGUUGGUUGCAUCAUCAUUUAUGACGCCUCUAGAAGCCAGAAAUGGUACAAAUAGAAACAGUGUACGCAUGUUUGAUGCAAGUAAAUUAUCAGCAGCAGUCUCGAGUCAGAAAUGGGACAGGGUGAAAAUUGUUUGUACACAACCAUUUAACAAGACAAGUACAUUUGGUUUAUCAUUUAUCAAAUUUCAUAGUCCAUCGCUACCUGGAGAUAAAGGUUCAGGGGAAGGUGAAAAGAAGGUCGGGUUUUUCAAGCUGAAGACAGACAAUAAAGAUGAUGUUAAAACAGGAAGUCUGUUUUCACACCGGAAGCCAGAAACCAGUGCACCAUCUACUCCAUUGUCAGGUGCUGCAGCUGUGAGGGCAGCAUCAAGGUUAGCGGAACAGUCUAAAUCAUCGACCUCUCCAUCAUCAUCAUCAUCUACACCUGCUAAACUAACAACUAAAGCUACUUUUGAAUCCCCGAAAGAAGAGCCCAAAAAUCAGGGAAAGAAAGUUCCCACCCCUUCACAGAAUAGAGAGAAGAGAAAGCACAAUGUUAGUGAUAAUGAUGACACGGAUGAGGAGACUGAUGAUAUACCUGCUCUACGUAAACAAUCUACCAGUCUUAGUUCUGUCGCAUCUAAAGACUCGGGAAAGUCCCUCAAACAGCCGCCUUUGAAGAAAACCAAAUCUGAGCCACCAAAAGAGUCCCCAGUGAAAGAGUUCAGCAAGUUAAUGGAUAGAGUAACAUUUGUAAUGAGUGGGUACCAGAACCCAUACAGAGCAGAGUUGAGGGAUCGAGCCUUGUCCAUGGGUGCCACUUAUAGACCAGACUGGGGGAAGGGGUGUACACAUCUUAUAUGUGCAUUUGGAAAUACUCCAAAGUAUAAUCAGGUUAAAGGUCGCGGGAAAAUUGUGGAUAAAAAAUGGAUAAAUGACUGCUAUAAACAGAAGAAAUUGUUGCCAUGGAGAAAUUAUAGAGUAGGUGAUGCUGAAUCACCAGAUGAAGAUUCUGAUGAGGAGGUUUUACCUGUUAAAUCUAAAACAGAAAAACAGAAGCAGAAAACACCAAAGAAAGAAGAAAAGGUACCAGUGGUAGAUGUUGCAGAUAGUGAUGAUGAUAUGUAUGGGGGAAAUACUGACUCAGGGGGAGACACUGAAGAUGAAAUAAGAAGGAUAAAAGAGGGAAAAGGUAAGAAAAAGAAGACAAGUCCAGGGAAGAGUCCCAAGAAAGAAAGUCCAAAGAAGGCAUUACCAGCAGAUCCAUAUGAUGUAGAUACAGAUGAAGAUGAGAAACCAGGACCGAGUGAAAACAAUGAUGCAGAUUCCGAUGGUGAUUCUGGUUUACCGGAACUUCCCGACUUUUUUGCAGAUAAACAUUUCUUUUUAUAUGGUGAGAUGGAAGCUUCACAGAGACGUCUGAUGACCAGGUUUAUCACAGCUUACGCUGGUGAGUUGGAGGAAUAUAUGAAUGACAAGGUGAAGUAUGUGGUCACAUCCGCCAAAUGGGAUAAAAAUUUUGAUGAUGCAUUAUCAGAGAACCCUAAUCUUGUGUUUGUGAAACCUAAAUGGGUGCAAAUGUGCCAUGAGAAGUUGAAAUGUGUACCACAUCAGCCAUACAUAGUUGUCCCCCCUGAAGACUGAAACACAUUUUGUACAGUUAAAUGUUACACAUAGAAAUAGAAAUUAGAAAAUUUAGAACUUCCCCGUAGUGAAGAUAAAAAAGAAGCUUUUGUCAAUGAAUUUGCAGAAUGAAUUUGGAAAAUUAAAUGUUUUUUAAUUUUAUUUGACAAAAUAAUAUAAAAGUUAACCAAAUGUUUUAACAGCUCUAUUAGGAGAGAUGUGGUGUGGAAAGGGUUGGGAGAUAAUAUUUGCAAUAAAACUGUUUAGUAGUAAUACUAGUAUUAUGUAACUGUUAAAUGGAAAGGAACAGAUUUUGUUACAGAAAAUAUUUAAAUAUAACUAUAGAAAGUUAGAUGUUUGGACAAGAAGUUUAUCAAAGUCCUGUUGUUGUUUUUAAUGAUAUAAAAAUAUUUUAGUGCCAUUGCUCCCAUUAGUAAUGUAAUACUUUAGGAAAUUUGAUGGCAGCUAAAUAUUAAAUGUGAUAGAACUAUUGGAUUAUAACAUCGCAUGUAUUCAGAUAGGAUUGUACAUAGCUCUUGAAAGGCUUAGAAAAAUCUGUAUUUAUCUUUCUUAUUUUCUCUCGUAUAUACUGAACAGUUUCUGUGUAGCAUUUAUACUUGCUCCUUACACUCUGUAAUACCAUUUGGUCCCGUUUAUUGAAACUUUUAUCUUGCUCUUAAUAAAAAAUUUGUUAACUUAAAGCAUACAGUAGGAAAAGUACUAACUUGUUUGUAAGCAUCUUAGUGUCAUGAUGUAACAGUCACCAAAGGCUCACCCUGUGGAAAAACUCCUUUUUGCAGUGUUGAUGAUACAAAAUUAAAUUUUUCUUGAAUUUUAAGGAAGAGUUUCAAAUAAAAAAGAGCAACAAGCCACUUAAGUUCCAUCAGUUUUAUUGAACAUUUGUCUUCAAGACUAUAUUAACAUAUUACAGACAACAAAAGCAGUUAAAAUCUGACAAUAUCUCGUAUUCUCUUUGGUUAACUCUCACGCUAAUAAUCUCAUUAUUAAAUAAGUAUACAUGUACAAACUUAAGCUGAGGUAGAAAGUAAAGCCAAUAAGAUAACAAUGAAAAAAAUAACACUUUAAAAUAAUAACAUAUUAGCAGCUUUACGCGGAAUUUUCAUAAUGGAUUUGCCCUGCUUAGAAAUUGGAAUAAUCCAUCCAGCUGCAAACUGUAUAGGACCUGGCAAGGUUGCACAGAUGUGCAGGCAGCCCAGGCUCUAGACUGGCGUAAAAAGGGCAAUCACUUCCUGUUUUAGCAGGUUAAGGGUUUGAAUAUCUUUCAUAUUAGAAUUAAGACUUAAUAAAACAAAGAGAUAAUGUAAAUCUCAUCUUUAGAUAGGCUGGAAUAUAGAUUUUACUUGGUAAGACACUG